AACACUUUGACAUUAGAGUUUUAAACAAUUUCACUUUUAUUGUUUAGUCAUCAUAUUAUCUUAAGGAAUUUUCCUGAUUUGUCUAGAAUAUUUGAUCACAAUUGUUGCAUACUUUAAAUAGCAGUGUUCAACCUAGUAGGCAUUUAGUUUCAAAAUGGAGUUUCCACAUCUCGGUCAACACUGCAACGAAUCCACCUGUAAUCGCUUAGAUUUCCUGCCAUUUAAAUGUGAUUCGUGUACUAAGGUAUUUUGUUCGACGCACUUCAAUUAUGAUAACCACUCGUGUACGGGUCCACGUCGUAAAGAUAUGCAAGUUCCCAUUUGUCCAUUGUGUGGUGAGCCAGUACCCACAGCGCCAGGUGUCGAACCCGAUAUAACAGUGAGUCGUCAUAUUGAUCAACAGUGCAAAUCCGACACAAAGAAAAUUUAUACAAACCGUUGCAGCUAUAAAAACUGCAAAAAGAAGGAACUUAUUCCAGUUACUUGUAGAGAAUGUAGAAAAAAUUAUUGUUUGCGUCAUCGGCACACUGCAGAUCACGAAUGUAACAGUGCAUCGAAUGGAAAUGUAGAUCAACGUGCUUUAGCAGCAACUGCUGCUGAAUAUCGUCGCACAAACAAGCCAACUUCACUGUUCAACGCUCAGCCAAAACGAAAUGCAGUACCGACUGGUACACAAGUGCAGAAUAUUCAAGGAAAUAUGACAGAGGAUGAAGCACUGGCGCGGGCACUCGCUUUAUCAAUUAUGGAAUUAGACGAAAAUGCGGAUCGGGAACGUCGCAAUCAAGCUGCUUCGAAUUCUUCAGUACAAGCCAAUGCUACAGUACGUGUAGGCGGUCGUGAUGGACAAACCACAAAUGUCAAGGACAAAUGUUUACUCUCGUAGUAUGGCUGCAACGAAUUGUUAGGAUUUAGAUGUUUUAUAGGCUGUAUAAGAUUUAAUUUAUAAAAUCUAAUUUAAUGAAUGAAUACUAUAUAAUAUA